UAUUUCAUGUGGACGUUGAUAGCUGUAAUUGAUGACAUUGUAAGGACUAAGAAAAGUAUGAAGGAAGCGUUAUUACUGAUUUACACCGCCAGCCAAUUAGCACAAGCCAAACAAGAUUGGGAAAUGAGCAAACGAUGGGCCCUUGAUAAUAAUCAGACAUGGUGUAGUUAGCUCUUAAUUGCAGAAAGUACAUCAUUGCUCUAUAAUGAAUGAUAUUGCUGCCGCUGCUGAUUUUAACUUUUAAAAUUUUGUGUGCUAUUUUUUUUUUUUUAAUUUUUCUUUUUUUACAGAUGCUGAUAUGUCCCGUCAUCUCUUCGAAGUUGAAGAGGUUAAAAAGUGGUGACGUGGAUAAAAUUGACCGUCCAGUUGAUUAUUCUGGCGGGCAGACGAUGAUGACGAUGACAAUAUCGGUGUCAUCAGUCAGGGCAACCUUGAAGAAAGAGAGAAAUGGGUUAAUAUUGUUUUUUGAAGGGAAAUGGCUUAUUAUUAGAAAAAAGGGAAAAAGUUAAUACUAAAAUUUCAUGGAAAGGAAAACCAACUCGUCAGAGUGAAGCCUGUCAACUACCAAAAGCCACACAUUAAACACUCCCAAAACAUAAAUGCGUUUCACUCAGAAGUCAUUUUAAGUUGAGUUAACUUGCUUUUAACUCCAGAUUACCAGAUUUCCUACUCUCUGGAAUCGCUUCUACUUCACUCUCUCUUUAUUUCUUUCUCUACUUUCCACUUUCUUUUUCUUACAGCUCUCCCACCCUAACCUAACCCCUAAUCUAACCUUUUUUUUUUAUCAUAAUAAAUGUGAUUUUGCAUUCAAUGUCAUCUUAGUCCGUGACCAUUUUCCAUUUAAUUUUAUUCUUCUAGGUUUGCUAUAAACUUAAUUCAUUAUUGCCUGAACUUGAAAAUUAGAAAUUGAGAGUGAUUAUGGAAAUGGAGCAGUCCAAACCGGAGAAUCCGCACAUGACCUACGACGAGGUGUCCAUGGAGCGCAGCAAAAGCUUCGUCAAAGCUUUGCAGGAGCUAAAAAAUUUGAGGCCUCAACUUUACUCUGCCGCGGAAUACUGUGAGAAGUCUUAUCUUCACAGUGAGCAGAAACAGAUGGUGCUAGACAACCUGAAAGAUUAUGCUGUACGAGCUCUUGUUAACGCAGUUGAUCAUCUUGGUACUGUGGCUUACAAGUUAACUGACCUUAUUGAGCAACAAACAUUAGAUGUCUCAACUAUGGAGUUAAAGGUUUCUUGUAUAAAUCAGCAACUUCUUACCUGCCAAACAUAUACACAUAAGGAAGGUCUUAGGCAACAACAGUUGUUGGCAUUUAUCCCAAGACAUCACAAACACUAUAUUUUACCAAAUUCUGUCAAUAAAAAGGUCCACUUUAGCCCACACAUUCAGACAGAUGCAAGGCAAAUUCCAUUUCAAGCUAGAUCUCGUCUCCAGCCUUCAGGUUCCCCAGCAUCAAAAACACUUUCUUGGCACUUAGCCUCUGAGACAAAAUCUACAUUGAAAGGGACUUCACAUGCCUUAACAAGUGCUGAAGACACAAAGCAUUCUGGGAAAUCUUCUGCUGUUUUUCAACUAUUUGCAGAUAAAGAAGAUGGUACUCAGACAAGAUCUUCUGGUGCUUUUACUCAGCUAUCAAGUGGAGCUCCUGCAUCUGGUGCAAUCAUGCAAACUUUUGGUGUCGCACGAAGGGAAGCAUUGGAUUCUUCUAAGCCAUUGACAGCAUUCAGAUCAUUUGACAACCCAAGGCGUGAGAUAGUACGUGCUCCUGCUCGCAGUAAAAGCAUGCUAUCAGCUUUCUUUGUUAAACAUAAAACACCACCGAAGCUGAAGGCUGGCCCUGUCUCAUGAACUCUCAAGUCUCAAUCCAGCAAGUUGCUUCUGGCCUUGUGGACCUCCCUGCUACGAACUCUCACCUGGCAGUAAAUGUCUCCUAUGCUUGUUGAUAAUGACCUCUUUUCUUGAUCACUAAUUUUCCUAUGCUGAAAAUAUAUAUUAUUCAACUCUAAUCCUUACACUUGGAUCUAAUAAUGAGCAUAUUGUGCAUAAGAAUCCAGUAACGAAAUAAUCAUGAUUUUCUUUGCCCCUUAGGUUAUGUUCAUAAUGCUGAUAAUGAUGGGUUGUUGGUGAUAGUGCUGAAUAACGAUAAUGUUUGUAGUUCAUGGUACAUUAUUUCAGGUAGUUGAGAGCAAUAGCACAAUAAUGUGUAUCAUUCAUGAGAUCAGAUUACAAUGGGAUUUGCAAAAUGCUCCAUUAAGAGCUAUUAUAAUGUCUUGUUCCUGUA